AUUGAUUAAAAAUUUUUCGGAAAUUUUAAUAACGAAAAACACUCUACUGGGAAUUGGACGAAAUUUUUUUUUUUCGACAAAAAUUCCAUAAAAAUAAAAGGAACAUAACCUCAAAAAAAGAAAAUUCGAGGUUCAUCACGGAGAAAAGGGUAAAAAAUGGACGUCGGAAAUUUUACCAGCCCUCUACAGGCGGUACAGACAAUUGCGAUAUUCACCUAUUUGAACACUCUUAGCGAUUUUUUGUUUGUUGGAAACUUUCUGAACGAGACAAAUCAGUAUCAGCCGAUACCGAUCGUAAAUUCCCUGUUCAAUUAUCUUUUGGACGACUAUCAAGAGGACAGACUGAGCCAAAUAUCCCUGCAAUUUUUGGACGAAAGAACAAAAAUAUUCGCCAUCAAAAAUUACAGAAAGUACAAUUAUUCCACUGUGGACUACAAUGAAAAUCGUACGGCAAUUAUUCGACUUCGCAAAGAAUUCCUAGCUCGUAAAUUAAUCGAAGGGACGGAUUUGUACGGAGCUGGGGAAAACGAAAUCCUGGACGAGGCAUUCAUUGACGCUCUCUUCAGGCACUUGGUCGCCACUCUUGUUUUUGAAAAGUACACAAAUAUUCAAGGAUUCCUGAUCGAGAUUGUCCGUGAGUCGACAAAUGUGGAAAUUAAAGAUUUGUACGAACAGAUUUACAGGAAAUUGGCCAAGGAGGUAUUUGUAGCUGAAAAUGGCUACGAAUCGAAGUUGGAGAUUUUUGCCAUCAGGGUAAUUAUCCAGGAGUUUAUUAAACCACUGUUUCCGCAAUCGACCAGGGGGAGUAGUUUAGAAUCGCUGGAUUAUAUUUACGCUUCGGCUGGUUCCAUGAUUCUGCAUUCGAUGACAGCGAGCAAACUUUUUACGAAUUUGGACUUUGGGGAAGUGGGAAAGUUGGUAAAUGAUGAUGGCGAUGGUAAUAUUGAUGAUGGUAAUAAAACUGCUGCUGGUAAUGAUGCUACUGCUGAUGGUAAUGAUGCUUCUGCUGAUGGUAAUGAUGCUACUGCUACUGGUAAAGAUGCUUCUGCUGAUGGUCAUGAUACUGCUGCUGAUGGUCAUGAUCCUGCUGCUAAUGGUCACCAUACUGCUGCUAAUGGUCAUGAUACUGCUGCUAACAGUGAUGAUACCGCUGCUAAUAGUGAUGAUACCGAUGACGAUGAUGACCAAGAAGACGACGACGACAAAUUCUACGAUUACGUAUCAAUGGGACACACUGUCGAACAAAUGGUAAUCGCCGGUAAACUCGAAAAAACCGCUCUCGCUAUCUUUACGCUUCCAGCUCUCCUAAACCACGUCCACAAUCAGCGCGAGAUCCUAAAAAACGAAACACUAGAAAACAUAGUAAAAAACUCAACUCUUGGCGCCACUGCCUACGAGGAGCUAUUCACCUACCUACGGAGCAAAUUCCAAAAAGUCGAGCAGGCCAAGAAUGAUGACUACCGUCUGCAGUAUCAACUAGCUUUGAUGAAUUUCAAACAUCGGACUGCAAUGGCCAAGGAGAUGAUUAGAACCGAAUGCCCAUUUGUCAAGGAAUCGUCUUUGGAUCAAGAGGUCCUAAAGUAUAAGAACAAUCCCGACGAUUACAAAUGCAGGACUGCGAGCAAAGGAAAGGAGGAGGUGAAAACCUUAGACGACAUAAAUCGUCUUUAUCAGGAGCAGGUUAAUAAGAUUGCGGACAGAUACUUGACCUACGAGAGGGAAUCGAUUAGGGAGAUUUUUGGGUCUGAGGUUAUUAGGAGUGUCGACGAUAGUAGAGUGAGAAUCACCAGCGGUUUAUUUCGAUACUUUGUUGAUGAUUUUGAUGUCUACGAAAGUCCGCUACUUAGGGACGCGGACGAUAUGUUCAGGUUCCACUUCAAGGGGAGUGGAAAGUCCGUUUACUACGCGAUCCUAAGGAAGGACAAUGAUUUGACGAUUAUUCAGGAGGAUACGACGAUUUCUGGUUGUUCUGGGUCUUCUGAUGACUGGAUGACGUCUCCUAAUAAAACCGCAAAUGGUAUUUCGACGUCUCCUAAUAAAUCCGCAAUUGGUGUUUCGACGUCUCCUAAUAAAUCCGCUAAUGGUGGUUCGACGUCUCCCAAUAAAUCCGCCACCCUGUUGAAAUCUCCAAAAACCUCGAUAAUCCGCUGCAAUCCCAAAGAAUUUCGUCAAAAAUUAGGCCUCCUACCGUCGCAAAAGUUUCAGGACAACUACUUCCCAAACUUAAAGAAGAGCGAGGACGAAAAGUUCGACACGUUCCUAUGGCGAAUCGCGACGAGAAGAGCGACGAAUUUCAACAAUAGUAUCCUGAACGAAGGCUAUGACCAGACCCGCAAGGAAUGGUGGAAGGAAUUCGGUCUCUCCCUAAUACCUUUCUACACCUGUGGUCGUGGAAUCCGAAACCAUAAUUACGAGGAGGCGGCAAGAUCCUGCACAAUAGAUCUCCUAUUCGCUCUUCCCCUGAUCGGAGAGGUUGGAUACCUAGCCACGAAACUAACCACAGCGGUUACUAGAAGCGUCAUCUAUUCCGCUGGAACGACACUUGGGUCCCUGACGCUAAGGACCACCAUGAGGGAAAUUCUAGCGAAACUAGGCAGUGUGGCCCUGACGGAAGCGGAAUAUGUCACGGCCCUCUUCACCAAGGAGACUUUCCAGAAUCUAGGUGUGUCCUUCCUUCGCUACCUAGAUCCGGGUUUUGAACUCGCUUUCACACUUGGGAAAGGGGGUCUGAGGGCAAUUAGCACCGUGGUCAAUAAGUUGAAAGGUUACACCAAAUCCGUAGGUUCUAUCCAAAGGGCGCUAGAGGCCCAAGCUACGGUAUCGAAAAGUCUGCUAAAAGUCGAUCGGUACCUGGAAAAGGACAUAGUGGUUAAUUCCUAUUCCUCAAAAGUGUCCGGUUAUGGCUAUAGGAGUCUUCAACUACAGGACCAAGUGGUUCAGUUUCGGAGUAUCGACGAAUAUGGGGACGUAAUUCCGGUCGUGGUUAACCGAGACCGGACUGGACUCACCUACCGGGCGGUGAACACCGAAACUGGGAGGAUAAAACCUAAGGUCCUACAUCUCCAGGGCGAGAAUCCGAGAAACUAUCGUCAGGCUUCGCCACAAGGUUUGGGUCUGAAGAGUUUUCAUGACAGCGCCAAGUGUCUGAAUAGCAGACUCAAGAGGUCGCCGAUUCAGUGUCUAAGAAGUGUUCUAAGGGCCAAUCGCCGGGCCGUGGAACGACAGGCCGUGGACUACACCCGACAAAACUCGCUUAUUCCCUCUGAUCAAGUUCACUCGAGGCUGAGAAAAUUCGCCUUUCCGGACACUGGGGACUUCGAACUAAAUUUCGUCAAGGACUGGAGCAAACUCCAAAAACAGGGUAAGGUUACCUUACCAGACUGGAGCAAACAAUACGAACUGGCCGAUGCUGCCUUAUUUGAAAAACUCCGCUAUUCGGAUACUGUCGACACUAGCCAGUUGACCCUCCCCGAAGCCAUCGAAAGACUAAAAACCCUAAAUCCCCAAUCGGAUAGUCUAUCAAACAACGCCGAUUUCAUCCGAAGACUAUUCCUCGCCGACAAGGCCUACGAAUCCGUAACUCUCGAGGACUAUUUCGCCCUUCGUGAAUACAUGGGCAGUGGUUACAAACGAAUCGGCGUCGAUUCACCCGAAGCCCGACAAAUGCGUGCCGCAUUCUAUCGUCUGGCAAUCCGUCAGUCUGACGAUCCACUCGAGGAGUACGCAAAAACCCUCUUCCGUGGCGAAACCAGACCGGCCGAUAUCGUCGAAAAAUUAUUCUUCUCCGGCAAAACGGAAUUAGAGCUCAAUCGUUUCACCUCAACCUCAACGAAUCACUACAUAGCCUACAUGUUCCAAUUCCACGGACGUCGGCGGGGAAUCAACAUUUUCUACGAAAUGAAAUUCAACGAACCAUUCCCAAGGGCCAAGGUGGUGAAUAUCGUGAAAAGUACACACGAAUCGGAGACCGUCCUCCUUCCGGGUAGUAAAUUCCACAUCGACGAUGUUAAGAAAGUAUCUGUCGAUGGUCAAGAGGGCCUCGAGGUAAAACUCACUUUCAAACAUGACGCUCUCAAAAAACACGAGUGGUACAAAAAUAUAAUGGACGAACUGGAGAAAUUGAAGGAGGGAGUCGUGCCCUACGAGAAGGAUCCAUCUGAUUUAGGUGACUUGGAGUAUUAUAGCGAUAGAGAAUAGAAAAAACAGU